UUGCAGUAGCAAAUUGAACUCUCAGGAAUAACGCGUUUGUCGCUUCGUGCGCUCGUUUUUAUUGCACAUAACGUAACGUAAAUAAUUUCCCCACCCCCAAGCACACUUUGAAGCUCGUUUACAUAAAAAUAUAAAACUAAAUAAUAACAAACAAACCAAGAAAAAAAAAUCAAAUCUGUAAUAAAGUGAGCUUUUUAGAAUAGAAUGCGCAAAGCAACAAACACUUAAGUCGUUCGAUGUGGUUUAUGGCCCCAGGCUGCAGUUGAAAUAUAAUUUAUUAUAAUUAAAAAUCAGCAACGAACAAAUAACAUAAAUAUACCUAUACAUAUGCAUAUGUUUGUAUGUAGAUAAUUGGCAGUGUUUGAUUUUCACUUGUCUUAUGUGUUUGUUUCUCGUGCAAUCGCGAGCCUUUGUACUAACGUGUGUGUGCGUGUGUUUGUGUUGGUGUGACGCAGCUGUCAUUGCAGCAGGCGGCGGCAGCCUAGGUGACAGUGCAGCUGCAGUCGACGCUCACGUCGACGUCGCACCGCUUGUCAAAUGUAACAAAAGAGGCAAAUGUAAAACGAAAGGAAAAAGCUUCUACGUGACCGAUUUGAAGUUUUCGCUUAUUAACUAUGGGGAGGUGGACAUAAAGAGGCAGAGAGCUUUUCAUUGAAUGCAGUUUAACUGACAUAACUACAAGCAUUUGACAAAAAUAAAAAGAAAAAGGAAGGAAGAUAACAACAAGUGGAAGAUAAAGCCGACAAACCAAACGAAAGCUUACUAAGAAAAUAUAUAAACAAAAUUAUAUUUCCAAUUGCAUGAUAUACUGAAAUUUCCUGAAAGCUGCUGAAAGAAAAACGCGCCAGGCAGAGAGCACAACCUAAAGUGCGCAUCGCCACGUCGAACGACGCGACGGUCGGCAAAAUCAAUUUUUUUCCCUUCCUCCUCUUCUAUCCUUUGGAAACUUUUCGGCAAACAUGGAUGACGAUCAACAGUUUUGUUUGCGCUGGAACAACCAUCAGAGCACGUUAAUCAGCGUCUUUGAUACGUUGCUGGAGAAUGAGACACUAGUCGAUUGUACGCUCGCCGCCGAGGGCAAAUUUCUCAAGGCCCACAAGGUGGUGCUAUCAGCAUGCAGUCCCUACUUUGCGACUUUGCUGCAAGAACAGUACGACAAGCAUCCGAUUUUCAUACUCAAGGAUGUCAAGUACCAGGAGUUGCGCGCCAUGAUGGAUUAUAUGUAUCGCGGCGAGGUGAACAUCUCGCAGGAUCAACUGACGGCACUGCUCAAAGCCGCCGAAUCGCUGCAGAUUAAAGGUUUAUCCGAUAAUCGCAGCGGCACGGGCCCAGCAGCUGCCGCCGCAGCCCAACAACAACAGCAAGCACCCAAACCCGAUACACAUCAUCGCGUCAAGCUGAGCGCUCCCUAUACACUCGAGCAGACAAAGCGUGCGCGCGUCACAACGGGCGGUGCAGCUGUGGGUGUUGGGGGCAUGGUCGAUGCUGGAGAUGUGGCCGGUUCGCGUGAAGGCUCCUCCAGUCCAUCGCGUCGUCGUCGAAAAGUGCGACGCCGUAGCAUGGAAAAUGAUAUGCACGACAACUCGAAUUCGUCUGUGCUAGCCGCCGCCUCCAAUCAGUCAAUCCUCCAACAAACAAGCGCUGGCUUAGCCGCCUCCGCUCUGGUCAGCACUCAAUUGGCCAGCGGUAGCGGUGCAGCAAGUGCAACGGUUGCUGCUGCCGCAAGCAGCGGCACCGGAAGCCAAGUAAUCAACCAGCCAUUGACCAGCAGCAGCAGCAGCAGCAGUAACGUUACCAAAAAGACUGAAAGCGCUAAACUAACAUCGACAGCAGCUGCCCAGGGCGCCCAACAACAACAGCAACAGCAGCAGCAACAACAAACAACAAGCGAUGCCAUUAACACCGACAAUGUACAACAACAGCAGAAUCAAGGCGCCCAAGGCGAGGCCGAGGAGAUGGAUGUGGCAAGCGGUGGUGCUGCAAGUGGCGCUGUUGCCGUGCAUCCCGGUGUCGUUAAGCAAUUAACAACGCUCGACAAGUCGAAUCAUAAACAAAAGAUCAAAGAUAAUAGCAUAACAACAACUGAAAUGGUCAUCGAGCCCAAGGCCGAAUACGACGAUGAUGCGCACGAUGAGAAUGUUGAGGAUUUGACUUUGGAUGAGGAGGAUAUGACAAUGGAGGAGCUGGACCAAGCGGCCGGCACCAGUCAGGGUGGCGAAGGAUCUAGUCAAGCAUAUGCAACAUGGCAACACGACAGAUCUCAGGAUGAACUUGGACUAAUGGCCGCACAGGAUGCACAGCAACGGGAUCCACAAGAUGCCAAGCAGGACAAAGGUGAACAAACGGAAGGCGCCCACGAUGAGUUCGAGUUGGACGAUUGCCUGCUGGAGAGCAACGAUAUUGUCAUCACCCAGAACAAGGAUGGCUUUGUGCUGCAUGUCAAGAAGCUGGGCAACAUUACGACGGCCAAGAUGGGCAGCACUGCGGAAGAACAAACGGCAGCGGUUACCGUGACCGGACCCGCCGGCCAGCCAACCCAAACGAUCACCGAACUGCUCAGCCAAGCGGCCCACAGCGCCGAUAUUAAACCCACCCUGACCACAUUGACGAAUACGCCCAUCAAAUUGCCCUCUUCUGAAUGUGAACUAAUCAACAUUAAGAAAAUCAUACCCAGCUCAACGACACUUGCCCCGCAUGGUGGCAGCAGCAGUGGUGGCACCGCCACUACCACCAUAAUACAUCCGCAUCACAUCAUUCAGCAUGUGACACAGGAGACACAGCAGCAACAUCAGCAACAGCAGCAGCAGCAGCAACAACAACAUCAUCAACAGCAGCAGCAGCAUCAUCACCAACAGCAGCAGCAGCAGCAACAGCAACAGUUGCACAUUGAGGAGGUGCCACAAAGCUCGCAUCAGCAUCAGCAACAACAACAGCAGCAGCAGCAACAACAACAGCACCAUCAUCAACAACAGCUGCACCAAGGUGCUCAGCAAGUACAAAGCAUAAUUACAGCACAUCCGGGACAGACGAUCAAUUUGGUGGGUCUGCGCAAUGUGCAAAUAGCCGAACAGAAGCCAAACAUUACAUCGCGCAUACGUUAUUCGCGUGGCAAAAUAAUUGCGCCGAGCGUUAGCAAUUUGCAGAUUGUGGAGACACAUGAGGCCAUACCGCAUCAGCAUCAUGAGCUGGCCGAUGGCACCAAGUAUGAGAUUAGCGAAAUCGAUCUGAACAAUCCAAAUGCAUCGGCGGCCAUCAUCAGCGAUUUGGUCAAGUAUGCCGAGAUCGAUGACAUCGAACUGCCGGAUGGCACGAAAAUUGGCAUUGGCUUUGCACCCUCCGAGAUCACCGAGCACAUGCAGACGUCAGCGGGCGAGACGCAUAUUACCACCAUUGAGCAUGAGCCGCAGGAGCUGCAGGUGCAUCAGCAUGAUCCACAGCAGCAGACACAUCACAUACACACCUCUCAGCUGCAGACACAUCACAUACAUCAGGCGACAGUGGUGCAGCAACAGCAGCAGGAGGAGGAUCAUCACCAACAGCAGCAGGAGCAUCAGCAUCAUCACAUCCAGCUGCAGGCGGACGAUGAUGAUGGUGUUGAGACCAUAAUACCCGAGGAGCUGGGCGUGCAUGAUUCGAGCAAGAGCUAUACCAUUCUAACAACACGACCAAUGAAAGAGGAAUCGGACGCUGGCGGCGAUCCCAGUAGCAUGACCUACGAAUUAUCGCUGAGCGACUCUUCGCUAGGUCCCUGCGAUGAUCCAGAAUCACGUUAUGUCUGUCGUCACUGCGGCAAAAAGUAUCGCUGGAAGUCGACGUUGCGUCGCCACGAGAAUGUCGAGUGCGGUGGCAAGGAGCCGUGUCAUCCAUGUCCCUACUGUAGCUACAAGGCUAAGCAGCGUGGCAAUCUGGGCGUACAUGUGCGCAAACAUCAUCCCGAGAAGCCGCAGCUGGAGAGCAAGCGAGGACGCAAGAUCUAAGCAACAGAAGCAGGAGGUAGAGGAGGAGGAAGAGGAGUAGGAGGAGGAGCCGCAGCAGUGAGUACCUCACAAAGAAUAACAGCAACAAAAAACCAGUUUACAUUAUUCUCCCACACCUAAACUAUUAUAUAUAUCCACACACACAUAUAUAUAUAAGCAUAUAUAUUAUGUAUUUCUUAUUUUUCUCGAGCAUCAAUUUUGAUAAUUGAUGCAAUUGCGUUUAUUUGUUGAUUAUUUGCUUAAGUUUAAAGGUAAAUUCAAAAAGAAAAUACCAGAAUAUUUUAAAAAUAACACAAAAUUCAACAAACUAUUUGCAAAACAAUAUUUUAUUAUAUUUUUAUUGGGCUUUAAUUGACGUCUUUGCGUAUAAUUUUCAUAUUGUUUGACGUAAUUUUAAAAAUUACAUUUAUUAAGUGUUGCAAAUACAACAAAAUCUUUAAGUGAAAAAGUACGAAAAACAAAAAUCUACCAGAAAUCAUGUGCAAGUAUUUUCAUGGAAAUAACACAAAGAAUUAUUGUUUAAAUAAAUGAAAAAUUAAAAAAAAAAAAUAUAUAUAUAUAUAUAAAAAAGUUACACAAAAAAAAUUUAGUUUAGAAUUGAGUAGGUUAAAUUUUAAAUACAUUUCAAAUAUACAUUUAACGCAUAACAUCUAAAUGUCUUCGCAGAAAGUACAGUACCUAGCAAAUCUA